AUGAAGUGCAGUGCGUGCGGAAAGUUUAUGGCGGCGGCAGAGGGCGUUACGUGUCCUAAAUGCGAUAGAAAAUCACACAGGGCCUGCGUUAAAGUUCCUGAAGGUGUGCAGGUCCAACCUACUUGGUUGUGUCCGGACUGUAAAAUACGGACGCCCCGAAAGUCAGAUCAGAAUACGCCUGUGCGAGGACUUAAUUCCGAGUAUAUUAUCAAGCAAGGCGAAGAGAAACCCCAAAGCCCUGUGGCGCAAGGUUUCAAAGAGUCGGAACUAGCUCUCGAACUACGUAGAUUUAGAGAAGAACUGCGAGAAACCAGGGAAGAAUUUAGAUCUUUCCGACAGGAGAUGUUUGAUUUGCGUAAUUCCCUAAAAUCGUGUGAAGAACGCCUAGAUACAUUAGAAAACAAAUACACCCGUCUUGAAGAACAAUAA